AUGGUCCAUUGGAUCUAUGACGUAGACGACAGGAAUGGCAACAUAAGACCCGGUGAAUCUUAUCCGGGGGUAGUCAUCUACCCCCAAGCUCCACCACUGAACCCUCCUCCAGUUCUCUGUAAUCCUGGAGUUCGAUUUGAACCAGCUGUUCCCUGCUAUCUCGAGGAUACUUUCAAUCCUCCAGCUGAUAUAUUUCCAAUGGAAAGACCACCAUUUCUCUUGGAAGCUCCUGACGAUGUUGCUGCUGAAUACUUUAAGAUAAAUAUGGAUGAAAAGCUGACAAAAGGGGAGAUGAAGCGGGCUUUGGAAGUUUGGAAAGCAUCUUUGCCUCCAAUUUUGCUGCAAAAAUAUGAGGAAGCUGAAGCCGAAAGAGAGAGAUUGUCAUUGGUUGAGAAAGAUCUCCGAGCGCAAAGAGUUACUAGACUUAGCCCAUUGGCUCGUCAAGUAGCUGACGAAAUUGAGGCAAGAACAACUACCGUACCCUCACCGUACUCCAACAUAGAAUUUAGGCAAUUCGAACAAAUGAAGAUUUUACGGUGA